AGCUAUAAUAUGUCGAGUCAUAUGUGCUGCGAUGAAAAGGCGAGGCCGAAAGGUAACGCUGGCGAUGAUGGUUGCUGUGGUAACACAACGUUUAAUACCAAGACAGGAAUCUGUUGUGAAAAUAACCCACAACCGGCGCCAAGUGCGAGUUGGAAAUGUUGCGGAGCUAAAUCAUACGACUCAUCGUCUAUGUUCUGUUGCGAAAGAUCGGAUAUGCGACCUCUGCGAUCUAAAGAUGACAAUUGUUGCUGCGGAAACACUACUCUGAAUUCGCAAAAAGAAGUGUGUUGUAUAGACACCCCACAACCAAAAUAUGAACCUAUCACUAAGUGUUGCAUAAGGACAAGUUAUAAUCCAAAGGAACAUAUAUGCUGUAAUGGAACUUACCUUCGUAAGAAACGAGCUGAACCAGAUAACUGCUGUUGUGGAAACUCAACAAUGUACACCAAAGAAGAAGUAUGUUGUGAAGGUGUCCAACAACCAAAGAUAGGCUUGAAUACGAAGUGUUGCGGUUACGAGAGCUACGAUGCAGAUGCAUACAUAUGCUGCGAACACAAAGGCGUUGUAAAGAUGGCGAAACCUAAAGAUAACUGCUGCUGUGGGGAAACAACAUUUAAUACGCAAACUCAAAUAUGCUGCGAUGGUGCAGCCUGAGAAUUUAGUCGCAGGCGAUCAGACGCAAUGUUGCAACAAGACAAGCUUUGAUCCCAAAAAGUAUUUAUGCAUCAUGGGCGUUUUGGUGCCUAAGAACCAACCCAGUGACGACUGCGUAUGCGGAAAAACUACAUUCAAUGCUGAAACACAAAUAUGCUGCAAUGGUGUGCCACAGCCGUUAGUAGACGGCGAGUUCUGCUCCUGUUGUGGAAGCAAAAGCUACUCUGUAAGGAAACAAAUAUGCUGUGAUAAUAGUGUCAAAGAUAAAGUAGAUCCAGAAGAUGACUGUUGCUGCGGUAAUCUAACUAUCAACAAAAAGAAACACAUUUGUUGCAACGGUAAACCUCAGGACGGGAAAGACAAAACUAGCUGCUGUGGUGAUAUAAGCUUCAAUUCGGCAUCGCAUGUGUGCUGUUUUGGACAAAUUAGACCUAAAGCAAAUCCAAGCCACAAUUGGUGUUGCGGAGACAGCACAUAUAAUACCGCAAAUGAGAUAUGUUGUAACGGCAUGACAGCGCAACCAGCAAGUGGAAGCCUCGAUAAUACGCGAUGCUGCGGCAAAGUAUCGUAUGACUCCUCAAAGAAGAUGUGCUGUGACCUGAUGAUCACCGACAAACGGAAUAAGGACGACGACUGUUGCUGUGGAGGCACGACAAUAAAUUCCAAGACGGAAGUGUGUUGCCAAGGACUUUAUCUCCAGCCUAAAGUUGGUGGAGAAAAUACCCAAUGUUGUUUGAAACUAAGCUACAACCCAGAUACACACCUGUGUUGCAAUGGGAAAGUUGUGACGAAAGCUAGCAAGUCGGACGAUUGCUGUUGUGGAAAUACCACACUGAACUCGAAGACACAGGUAUGCUGCUCGGGCGUUGUUCAACCGAGUUUCACAUCGGGAUUUGUGUCGUGUUGUGGAUACCAGAGUUACAAUCUGAGCAGCCAAAUCUGUUGUCAGGGCGGUGUACGCAACAAAUCGGCUUCUAGGCGAUAAUGCAUGU